CAAGAACGAUAUAUAUAUAUCCAACGUUUUCAAAUCCACCACGCUAUUUCUGGUUUUCUUGCCCCCAUGGGAUUCCACUUUUCUCUAAAUUUCACGUUCUGAAUAUGAAGUUUGGCGUGUUUGAUUUAUUAAUUAUAUUAAUAGGGCUCGCGUUCUGCGCGGACAAUCCCGUAGCCGGAGAGUCGCUGACGUGCUUGACGGUGUAUAAGGAGGGCGGGGCGCCGGCGGUGUUCCAAUCUCCGAGAUGCCCUCGCUGGACCCUCUCGAGUUUCAAAUCCCAACCCAACCGGCAGCCCGGGGCAUGCCAGUCGGCGAUGCUCCAAGGCCGCCGGAAGUCACAGGAAGAUCGUAUUCACUGUGUUUUGGACCUUCGCAUCCCCUUCCCAGGUCCGCAGGGGGUUAAAGAAGUGAAGGUUGGAAUAAUGGCGAUUUUUGAUGGGCAUAAUGGUUCGGAAGCUAGUGAAAUGGCAUCGGAAUUGCUGGUGGAGUAUUUUGUUUUGCAUACUUAUUUUCUUCUUGAUUCCACUUACUCCAUUUUGUCGAGGAAAUUCAUAAGACGGCUGCCAAAUAAAGGAGAUGAUGGUCCUGGUUUUCAGAAGAUUGACUGGAAUGACGACCUUGAUCGUCCAAUUUGGGAUUUUGGAAGGUUCAAGGUCACAUUGUCAGCUAUUUUAGAUGGAUCAUUCCCCUUUGAACUACUGAGGGAAGCAUUGUUAAGGGCAAUCCGUGAUAUUGAUGCAGCAUUUUCUAAGGAUGCAACUAGAUUUAACCUCAACUCCGGCACUACCGCAACAGUUGUGCUUGUAGCAGAUACUCAGAUUCUAGUUGCUAAUGUAGGUGACUCGAAAGCAAUUUUGUGCUCUGAAGUAUAUCAGUCUCCAUCUGAGGCUAAAGCAACUGUAUUAAGGGUAGUCAGAGAGAGGAGAAGUAGCGGCAUUUCUACAUCCGUAAAAGAGUACCGCCAAUUAAAAUCAAUGGCAUCUAAUGGAUGGACAUUUUUGAUUGCUAAGGAACUGACAAAUGAUCACCAUCCUGAUAGAGAUGAUGAGAAAUCCCGGGUCGAAUCUGCUGGAGGCCAUAUUUCGGAGUGGGCUGGUGUGGCUCGAGUUAACGGGCAAUUGGCUGUAUCAAGAGCAAUUGGAGACAUACAUUUUAAAAGUUUUGGCGUAAUCUCGGUACCUGAGGUAACAGAGUGGCAACCGUUGACCGCCAAUGACAGCUAUGUGAUUGCUGCAUCUGAUGGUGUUUUUGAAAAGCUUAGACCCCAGGAUAUUUGCGAUAUGUUGUGGGAACCCCUGUCUCAUUUUACUAGACCACCAGAGCUCAAUUCUUCAUGUUCAUACUCAUUAGCUGAUUGCAUAGUUAAUACUGCGUUUGAGCGAGGUAGUAUGGAUAACUUAGCAGCUGUAUUGAUUCCAGUGAAAGCAUCAGGUUCUUUGGAACCUUUUCUAAAGGAUAGGAGUUAUACAGCCAGGAAAGUUGAUUACUCAGCAGUAGGAGGUCAAAGGCAGAUCGAUGAGAAUUCAGCUGAUGACAACACUCCAGUACUCAUGGAACUGCAGCCUCAUCCAGAUGUUGCCAAGUUUGAUAGAUUAUUGGUUGAAGGAAAGCACAACUUUGGCUGCUUUUAUUUAUCUGAGAACCUUGAUGUGAAUGAUGAUUACACAUUUUGGGUCCACAAAGAAGACCAGGGAUUUGUGUCUGAUCAGUCACCUGCUUUAACUGGCACUGAUCAGUUUCUCUGGAGUGGACAAUUAGAUUUGUACAAUGAUCAACAUAUAUGUGUGCAUUUUGGAAUGCAUAUUGAUGAGGAUAAAGAUCAGUGCAUGAAUUCUGAUGCCUUUGCAAGAUUCCUUGGUUUGCUGGAAUCAAUUCCUUUCCAUAAUACUGGUCAAAAUGAGCAUGUGACAUCAGACACAAGGUACAUAUUGAAGAAGAAGUUUGACCGUGGAGCAUUUGGAGAAGUUUGGCUUGCUUUCAAUUGGAAUUGUUCUCAAGUUGGGAAAGAUCUCAAAAGCAGGCAUGUACAGAAAAAUAUUUCGUACAGAAAUGAGCAUUUGAGGGCAUAUGGUGAAAAUACAGCUGGAAAUGCGUCUGCUGGAGAUUGCAAUGCUGAUUCUGAUGACAAUAUGUUCAUUUUGAAGCGGAUAAUGGUGGAAAGGGGAAUUUCUGCCUACUUGAGUGGGUUACGUGAGAAAUAUUUUGGUGAAGUUUUUUUGAAUGCCUCAAGUUCUCUACAAGGUUCAUCAUCUCCUGCAGAACCAGAUUGUGUCUCGAAAAUAUCACAAUGCAAUGUGUAUGGCUUCACAAAUGUAAAUGAAUCAUUUGAGGAAUCCUUGAGUCUUGAGGAUGUGAUUUUUAGGGAAAAAGGACUGCAUGGAGCAGCCUAUGAAGAAGGAUUGAAUCAUAUUGCCAGAUACGUUGAGUCCUUUGAGUCACGAUCUAAUGAGAUAUGGCUUGUAUUUCGUCAUGAAGGUGUUUCCUUGUCAAAACUUUUGUACACUGCUGAAGAAGUUGUAACUGAUGCUGACAAAGAAAAAAGUGAGCAUGGGAAGCGUGUUCAGAUAUUACGUCCAUCAAGAUGGUGGCACUGGUUGAGGACUACAGAAGCAGGGCAACAGGAGUUUCGUAAUAUAAUAUGGCAGUUGUUGAAGGCGCUUAAAUCCUGCCACGAUCGUAACAUCACUCAUAGGGAUAUUAAACCUGAAAACAUGGUAAUAUGCUUUGAAGAGAAGGACUCAGGAGGCUGCUUGAGAGGAAGCCCAGACAGUGAUAAGAACUACACCACUAAAAUGCGCAUUAUUGACUUCGGUAGCGCUGUGAAUGAUUUCACGGUGAAGCAUUUAUAUGGGUCUGUCGGACCUUCUAGUGCCGAACAAACAUCUGAAUAUGCUCCACCAGAAGCUUUCCUAAACGUGAGUUGGUAUCGUGGGCCGUCUAGCGUCACUGCAAAGUAUGAUAUGUGGAGUGUUGGUGUGGUAAUCCUGGAGUUUAUUUUAGGAUCUCCCAAUGUGUUUCAAAUAAAUUCUAUUACUCAAGCUCUUCUAGAUCAGCACCUCAAGGGUUGGAAUGAUAGCUUGAAAGAGCUUGCAUACAAACUUAGAGCUUUGAUGGAGAUGUGCAUCUUGAUUCCUGGAAUUUCCUCAAAGCUUCGUCAAAAUUGGGGUACAAAUGGCCAGGGUUCCAGUUCACCAGUUUCCUGGAAGUGCUCUGAAGAGUAUUUCUCUUAUCAGAUACAGAAUAGAGAUCCUCUUAAAUUGGGGUUUCCAAAUGUAUGGGCUUUGCGUUUAGUACGUGACUUAUUGCGGUGGGAUCCAGAGGACCGACUUGGUGUUGAUGAUGCACUUAAACAUCCCUAUUUUUCAUCAGCGUCUUGGAAGUCGACUCGUGGAAAAGUCUAGUUUGUACCUGUACAGGAUCAAAACUGCAGCCAUCAGCACUAUACCAAUUUCUUGUGGACAGGAUUGUUGAUAAACCUUCUACAAAAGGGAGCAAUCAUUGGCUUUUCUAGCUUGGUUUCCAACUUCCUUUGGUGGUCCAGUCAUGGAUCCCAACAGAAAACAGCAACUCAAAUGACCCUGCUGAAAGCUAUAGCCCAAAAUCUUGAAAUGAAGAUUACAAUAUCUUGAAAUACGGCUUUCUAUUUGCUUUCUGACCACAACUAGGAAGGAAAAAUGCACAAGGUAAGCCGGGCAUGGCAAACUAGCUUGGGGAAGCUACAGAAAACAGCGAAGGGAACAAUAGAGGCUGACACUGGAUCCAAGUUCACCCUCAGUGAACUUCAAAAGGUUUCAUUAAUAAUGUUCCCUCUUUGCAGGUUAUUAUUUUCAAUUUAUUUGCUUGUAAUGCUUGCCUGCAUCAUAAUCAACUGUUUGUGGUGUUGAAAUUGACUUAACCUAUAUACAUCAUAAUUUUUGUCCAUAGUGAUUGAUAUUGGAGCAGAGAUUUCAACUAUUGCAAUGAGUCUUAUCUUAGAAGAAUAUUUUUGAUGAGUGGUUGACUGAACACCCACCUUAAUGAUAAGUAUUCUGAAAUCCCACUCCCGUUCCCACUUUGUACAGCCCAAUAAAUCUGGUUAAUUUUGCUUGUCCAGGAACAAAUAUCUUACCUUA